AUGCUGGUUUUAGCAAUUUACACUCUAUGUGUCGCUGCGUCAGGUAGAGCCGUCGCACAGCAAAUUCCUCUGCUGCCUGGAAGUGCAAGUGGCCUUCGAGAUGUGCCUGGCGACUCCAUUGUUAAAUUGUGUAAUGAGUCGAAUGAAGAAAUAGAUGUCUUUAUCUGGGGAAAUUCGACUCGUAACCUUUCGAGAAACUCAACCGUCGAUUAUCAGAUCAAUGCAACAGCGAACACAGGAGACUUUGGAACCCUUCGUGGUACAUUUAAUAUUUGUGAUUACCUUGAAAAGAUGCACCAGCCUCCGAACUCGAGCGUCCCUGAGAAAGCAUGUCCUCCUCGCGAAGGACCGAUCUAUAUUGAUUAUGCAUUCUGGUUUGCAGACUUUCUAGUGGCCCCAGGACAAUGGAGCAUAAAAUUUGAUGCAAAGACGCCAGAAGGAGACAGAAUUUACUGCCUGGAGACGGAGUUUGAUCUCCAGUGUCCUUCAGAACAUGAUGGGCCGGAGUGUCUCCGCGACGUAUCCGACACUCCCUCACCUGGUGCCAUUAUUUUGGUGUAG